GAAAUUGGGCCCAUAUGAAGAAAGAUUUGGGAUAGGCCCAUAGCGAAUAGAAAAGUCUUUCCUUGCUUCUUCUUCUUUCGAUCGAACGCUAUUCUGCAAAUGAAAAUGGGGAAAUGGUGGAAAAUCGCGGCGGUGGUUGGUGUGGUGGCGAUCUUAAGAGAAGUGAGUAAGAAGUACGGGUGGGAGAAGGAUGCGGGAGUGAGAGUGUUGGGGGAAUGGUCGGAGCAGCUAGGGAUUUGGGCGAUCCCACUCUACGUUCUCAUCCACACUCUCACGAUUGCUCUCUGCUUACCCUACGCUAUCUUCUUCGAGGCCGCCGCUUCAAUCCUCUUCGGAUUCUUCCCGGCCGUUCUCUGCGUCUUUGUGGCCAAGCUGCUCGGGGCGUCCCUCUCCUUCUGGAUCGGCAGAUUAGUGUUGAGGAAUUCGAGUUCAGCAAUGGAGUGGGUGCAGAGGAACAAGUACUUCCAUGUGCUAUCGAAAGGAGUGGAACGAGAUGGGUGGAAAUUUGUGGUGCUUGCGCGGUUCUCACCGAUGCCGUCUUACCUCAUAAACUAUGCAAUGGCAGCCACCAAUGUAUCCUUCUUUGUUGAUUUUUUGCUGCCAACUGUGAUUGGGUGUGUUCCUAUGAUAUUGCAGAACACAUCUAUUGGCAGCCUCGCCGGUGCAGCAGUUGCCUCCUCCAACAAAGCUAGCUCCAUUUGGUCUUAUGUUUUCCCUCUUCUAGGCAUUCUCUCCAGCCUUCUCAUCUCCUUGAGAAUCAAAAGCUACACCACUCAACUCUCUCAAUCUCAAGACGAAAACUCCAAAAAAGGUCGAUAAUUUACAGUCGUUGUUGGUGUUAUUACAGAUUUCUAAUCAUGGUUACAAUAACAUAAUGAUAUUAUCUUCAAGGUUUCCAAUUCCAGUUGAAAUGUUUAGCUUCAUCCAUAGUACUAUUCACCCCCGACAUUAGCUGUUACAAGUAAAAGAUUUCUUUCUACUUAUGGUAACAUUACAAGUAACACAAAGAUAUUCUCUUCAAGGUUUCAAAUUCCAUUGACAUAUAUGCUUAGUAUAAUCGUUUAUUGUUUGAAGUUAGAAACUUUUGGUGAUCCUUUAAUAUACUUAUACUUGGUAUGUGGAGUUUCCGAUUGGAA